AUGGGUGGAGUUCAAAUGGAACAAAAUGAAAUUGACAGAAUUCAAACUUUAUUUAACGAUAUAUCAGUACCAAUCAAAUCAGUUAAAUCAAUAGAUAGGGAUGGAUUCAAAAAGUUUCAUUUACUUCCAGAACCUUUAUCAGAUAGAAUAUUUAAUUUAUUCGAACAAAAAAAGAGCAAUACAAUGUCAUUCGAUGAUUUAUUAUCAGGUUUAGCAGUUUGUAGUAAAGCAAGUGAAAAGGAUAAAGUUCAUGUAAUCUUUAAGUUUUUAGAUAUAGAUGAUGAUGGUGUAAUUACAAAAGAAGAAAUUUCAGUUUUAUCUGUUGUUUCAUUAGAAAAUCCAAAUAGCCCAAAAAUAUUUUCACAAGACCCACAAGAAAAUCCACUACUUUCACAAGUUAUUGCAAUGGGUUUUCCAAAGCAUAAAGUUAAUUUAGCACUUAAAGAAACAAAGAAUGGCUCAAUUGGUACACCAGGAAGUAAUCCAAUAGAAAAUAUAGUUACAUGGUUACUUGCUAAUCAUUCAGCGGUAAAAUAUCCAAAUACUAUUAUAGAUGGAGAUUUAGGUAUUGAUGAAGAGCCACCACAAGAAAAACCAAUUGAAGAUAAAAUUAAUUUAAAACCAGAUCCAAAAUCAAUUGAGGAAUUAACAAUUGGGUUAAAUUUAUCGACUAUAUUAACAACAUUUGAAGGAUUAUUUGAUGUUUUAGAUAAAGAAGGUGGUAAAAUUACUUCUGCUAAAUUUAAGAAAUGGGCCAGUAAUUCAAAGAAACCACAAGAAUUAGACUCCUUGUUAAAGCCAAUAGCUGCAUUAUAUGAUAGAGCAAUCAAAUGGAAAUCUGAUUCAACCUUAAAUCAAUCAAGCGAAGCAAUUCAAAGAUCAACCUCAAAUAGUAGUAUUUCAUCACAAGUUAGCAUGCAACAACAACAACAAACCAAUGGUUCAAUAAAUAGCAAUAAUACCUCAUUACAAGAUAUAAACAAUCCAAAUCCUAAAGAAUUAAAGAGAUAUUCAUCGGUAUCUGUAAUGGAAACUUCAUCAGCAAAUAAAAAGGCCGAAAAAGAAAAAGAAAAAGCAGAAAAAGCAGCAGAGAAAGAAAAGGAAAAAGCAGAAAAGGCAGCAAAGAAAGCAGCAGAGAAAGAAAAAGAAAAAUCAGAAAAAUCAGAAAAAUCAGUAGAUAAAUCAAGUGAUAAGUCAUUUGAAAAACCAGCAAAUUUCGAGGGUGUUGUUAGUCCAAUUAAAGAAAGUGGAAGUAUAAGUAAGGAUAAUAAUAGUACUACAAUCAAAUCUAGUAGUGCCUCUAUUUCAGGCCCAAAGAAAGAUAACGAUACAUCAUCUUCAUUCGACUCUGAUAGUGACGACGAAGUUAUCAAACCUGCUAUACAGGUUGUAAUUAGAGAUAAGCCAAUAGAAUUACAAAAACAAGACUCUCUCUUUAAUAUUGACCCAUCCAUUGGUAUUAUUAAACCAAUGGCCGGUAAACAAUCAGCAGCAACUCUCAGAUCUAGAGGCAGUAGAAGCAACAGAAAUACCAUUGACCCAGAAAUGUUUUCACUUCAACCAUUAACACCAGUUUCAAAACAACACACAACAACUACCACAACUACAAAUACCAAUCAAUCAAAUACACCUAGUCCAACAUUGUCAUCACCAAUUUCAAAUUCACCAACACUAAGUAACAAUAGAAAUCCAUUGGGUCAAAGUAAUACUAUAGUAUCAUCACCACCAGCAUUUGUGCAGUCACAAUCAAGUGCUAGUUUCUUUACAAAUAAUAGUAAUAAUACUCAACCACCAACUACUACAUCAUUGCAGCCAACUACUAAACAUAAUGUUUCAUUUACAGAUACAGCAUCAUCAAACAGUAAUCCUGCAAGCCCAAUUUCACAAAAAAUAAAUUCUGAAAGUAUUGAAUUUAUGAAAAAAUGUAUAAAUAAAUUAGAAUCUGGUCAAUUUAAAGAUGCAAUUCAAGAUAUAGAUCAAUGUAUUAGAGUAUUAUUGCAAAUUCAUUCAUCAAACUAUUCAAUUAUUCAAAAUGAAGUUAAUUUUUGUGUUGGUUAUAGAGUUGCAUUAAAUAUAUUAAAUGAAAUUAAUAUUAUAGAACAAAAAAUUCAAAAAGAAACAAAUACCGAUGAUAUUGCAUCCUUUUAUGAAUCACAAGCUUUAUUAUCAAAGUUUUUGGUAGAUAUUCCACUUCAAAAUAAUCAUAGAAUAGUUUGUGCUAAAAUGGCCAUAAAAUAUAAUUUGCUUGCAAAUAAUUUUGGAAUUGCUUCAAAACUGAUUGGGGCACUCACCCAAAAAAGUAAUAUUAAAUUAGAAGAAAAAUCUCAAUAUGAAUCACAAUUGUCUCAAUGUAAAGAAAAUCAUUUUAAUAACUCUGGAUUACCAAUGUAUAUUUGUCCAAGUUGCAAAUCACCAACUGGCGCUGAUUCAAUUAAAUGUUCAUGUGGUAGACCUGUAAGAUGGUGUUUCCAAACAUUUUCUUUAAUCAAAGACCUUACCUUUUUACAAUGUAACUUUUGUAAUUCUACAUUUUCAAUUAAUCAAUAUGAAGUUGUUCCAAAAUCAAUUUGUCCAUGUUGUUCUCAUGGUAUAGUUAUAACAAAAAAUUAA